AUGUCCCGCCAUCAUCCCGACCUCGUCAUGUGCCGGAAACAAGCCGGCAUCUCCAUUGGCCGCCUCUGCGACAAAUGCGACGGCAAAUGCCCCGUCUGCGACUCCUACGUUCGCCCAACAACCCUCGCCCGCAUUUGCGACGAAUGCUCCUUCGGAAACUACCAAAACAAAUGCGUCGUCUGCGGCGGCGAGGGCAUCUCCGACGCCUUCUACUGCUUCGAAUGCACGCGCCUCGAGAAGGAUCGGGAUGGCUGCCCGAAGAUUAUAAAUCUGGGUAGUAGUAGGACGGAUCUGUUCUACCAGAAAAAGAAUUUUAGGAAUCACUAG